AUGAGCGACCUGGACUCGGAGGUGCUGCCCUUGCCGCCGCGGUACCGCUUCCGGGACUUGCUGCUAGGCGACCAGUACUUCCAGAACGACGACAGGCUUCCUGUGGAAGAUUUCAGCCUGGACUCUUCCUUGUCUCAGGUCCAGGUGGAGUUCUACGUCAACGAGAACACCUUCAAGGAGCGGCUCAAGCUGUUCUUCAUCAAAAACCAAAGAUCCAGCCUGAGGAUCCGGCUGUUCAACUUCUCCCUGAAGCUGCUCACCUGCCUGCUGUACAUCGUGCGCGUCCUGCUGGACGACCCGGCGCUGGGCAUCGGAUGCUGGGGCUGCCCGAAGCAGACGUACACCUUCAAUGAGUCGUCCUCCGAGAUCAACUGGGCGCCGAUCCUGUGGGUGGAGAGGAAGCUGGCCCUCUGGGUGAUCCAGGUCAUCGUGGCCAUAAUCAGCUUCCUGGAGACCAUGCUGCUCAUUUACCUCAGCUACAAAGGCAACAUCUGGGAGCAGAUCUUCCAAGUGUCCUUCGUCCUGGAGAUGAUCACCACACUGCCCUUCAUCAUCACGAUCUUCUGGGCGCCGCUGCGCAACCUGUUCAUCCCCGUGUUCCUCAACUGCUGGCUGGCCAAGCACGCGCUGGAGAACAUGAUCAACGACUUCCACCGCGCCAUCCUGCGGACGCAGUCGGCCAUGUUCAACCAGGUCCUGAUCCUCUUCUGCACCCUGCUCUGCCUGCUCUUCACGGGGACCUGCGGCAUCCAGCACCUGGAGCGCGCGGGCGAGAACCUGUCCCUGCUCACGUCCUUCUACUUCUGCAUCGUCACCUUCUCCACGGUGGGCUAUGGCGACGUGACGCCCAAGAUCUGGCCGUCCCAGCUGCUGGUGGUGAUCAUGAUCUGCGUGGCCCUCGUGGUGCUCCCGCUGCAGUUCGAGGAGCUGGUGUACCUGUGGAUGGAGCGGCAGAAGUCGGGGGGCAACUACAGCCGCCACCGGGCCCAGACGGAGAAGCACGUGAUCCUGUGCGUCAGCUCCCUCAAGAUCGACCUGCUCAUGGACUUCCUGAACGAGUUCUACGCUCACCCCCGGCUGCAGGACUAUUACGUGGUCAUCCUGUGCCCUACCGAGAUGGACAUCCAGGUCCGCAGGGUCCUGCAGAUACCCCUGUGGUCCCAGCGGGUCAUCUACCUGCAGGGCUCCGCGCUCAAGGACCAGGACCUCAUGCGAGCCAAGAUGGACAACGGGGAGGCCUGCUUCAUCCUCAGCAGCCGCAACGAAGUGGACCGCACGGCAGCGGACCACCAGACCAUCCUGCGAGCCUGGGCCGUGAAGGACUUUGCCCCCAACUGCCCCCUCUACGUGCAGAUCCUCAAGCCUGAGAACAAGUUUCACGUCAAGUUCGCAGACCACGUGGUGUGUGAGGAGGAGUGCAAGUACGCCAUGCUGGCCCUGAACUGCAUCUGCCCCGCCACGUCCACCCUCAUCACGCUGCUGGUGCACACGUCCCGCGGCCAGGAAGGCCAGGAGUCCCCGGAGCAGUGGCAACGCAUGUACGGGCGCUGCUCGGGCAACGAGGUGUACCACGUGCGCAUGGGCGACAGCAAGUUCUUCCGCGAGUACCAGGGCAAGAGCUUCACCUACGCCGCCUUCCACGCGCACAAGAAGUACGGCGUGUGCCUCAUCGGGCUGAAGCGGGAGGACAACAAGAGCAUCCUGCUGAACCCCGGGCCGCGGCACACGCUGGCGGCCUCCGACACCUGCUUCUACAUCAACAUCACCAAGGAGGAGAACUCGGCCUUCACCUUCAAGCAGGAGGAGACGCGGCGGCGGGGCCUCGCGGGGCCGGGCCGGGGCCGGGGCUCCUCCCACUUGCCGGUGCACAGCAUCAUUGCCUCCGUGGGCACGGUGGCCAUAGACCUCCAGAACACAGAGUGCCCGCCGGCCCAGGGCGGCGAGUGCGGCAAGCUGGCGCUGCCCACGGAGAACGGCUCGGGCAGCCGGCGGCCCAGCAUCGCGCCGGUGCUGGAGCUGGCGGACAGCUCGGCCCUGCUGCCCUGCGACCUGCUGAGCGACCAGUCGGAGGACGAGAUGACGCCCUCGGAGGACGAGGGGCUGUCCGCGGUGGAGUACGUGAAGGGCUAUCCCCCCAACUCACCCUACAUCGGUAGCUCCCCCACGCUGUGCCACCUGCUGCCCGUGAAGGCCCCCUUCUGCUGCCUGCGGCUGGACAAGGGCUGCAAGCACAACAGCUUUGAGGACGCCAAGGCCUACGGCUUCAAGAACAAGCUCAUCAUCGUCUCCGCCGAGACGGCGGGAAACGGGCUGUACAACUUCAUCGUGCCGCUGCGGGCCUACUACCGGUCCCGCAGGGAGCUCAACCCCAUCGUCCUGCUGCUGGACAACAAGCCCGACCCCCACUUCCUGGAGGCCAUCUGCUGCUUCCCCAUGGUCUACUACAUGGAGGGCUCCGUGGACAACCUGGACAGCCUGCUGCAGUGCGGCAUCAUCUACGCGGACAACCUGGUGGUGGUGGACAAGGAGAGCACCAUGAGCGCCGAGGAGGACUACAUGGCCGACGCCAAGACCAUCGUCAACGUGCAGACCAUGUUCCGGCUCUUCCCCAGCCUCAGCAUCACCACGGAGCUCACCCACCCUUCCAACAUGCGGUUCAUGCAGUUCCGUGCCAAGGACAGCUACUCUCUGGCUCUCUCCAAACUGGAGAAGAGGGAGCGGGAGAACGGCUCCAACCUGGCCUUCAUGUUCCGCCUGCCCUUCGCCGCCGGCCGCGUCUUCAGCAUCAGCAUGUUGGACACGCUGCUGUACCAGUCCUUCGUGAAGGACUACAUGAUCUCCAUCACCAGGCUGCUGCUGGGGCUGGACACCACGCCGGGCUCCGGCUACCUCUGUGCCAUGAAGAUUACCGAGGGCGACCUGUGGAUCGGCACCUACGGCCGCCUCUUCCAGAAGCUGUGCUCCUCCAGCGCCGAGAUCCCCAUCGGCGUCUACCGGACCCAGAGCCACGUCUUCGCCACCUCGGAGCCGCACGACCUCCGAGUCCAGUCCCAGAUCUCGGUGAGUGCGGACGACUGUGAGGACACGCGGGAAGUGAAGGGGCCCUGGGGCGCGCGGGCAGGGACCGGUGGCACCGGCGGCAGCAGCAUGCACGGCCGGCACUCGGUCGGCGGCGACCCGGCCGAGCACCCUCUGCUGCGGCGCAAGAGCCUGCAGUGGGCCCGCAAGCUGAGCCGCAAGAGUCCCAAGCACGCGGGGAAGGCGGCGGCCGAGUGGAUCAGCCAGCAGCGGCUCAGCCUGUGCCAGCGCUCCGAGCGGCAGGAGCUGUCGGAGCUGGUCAAGAACCGCAUGAAGCACCUGGGGCUGCCCACCACCGGCUACGAGGAUGUAGCAAAUUUAACAGCCAGUGAUGUCAUGAAUCGGGUUAACCUGGGAUAUUUGCAAGAUGAGAUGAAUGACCACCAGAACACCCUGUCCUAUGUCCUCAUCAACCCCCCGCCCGACACGAGGCUGGAGCCCCACGACAUCGUGUAUCUCAUCCGCUGUGACCCUCUGGCCCACGUGGCCAGCAGCUCCCCGAGCCGCAAGAGCAGCUGCAGCAACAAGCUGUCCUCCUGCAACCCCGAGACGCGUGGCGAGACGCAGCUGUGAGCCGCCCCCCAGGGCCGCCCGGCCAGCCGGCCUGCGGCACGACGCAUGAGCACGCACGGACCUGCCCCCAGCCCACCGCCACCUGCGGCCGCUCCCAGACGUGACCGGGAGAGGAGACCUCGCACGCGCAAGGGGAGGCUGCAGCGGGAGGCCUUUUUUAACCUGUUUCUACGAAUCUACACGAUCCGUGUCUCUCCGCAAACGUACCACAGCCUGUGACCAGGCAGCUGGGUGCGGGCACGGAGGCCGGGGCUGGAGACACACCCAGCUCACUGGAUGGGAGAGCCGCGCCGCACCGUGCCACGCACGCCCAGCCCGAGUUUCACGUCUAGGCCGUGGGGCUUGCCCACACUCCUGUGUUCUCUGCUCCAUGGGUCCCAGCUGGCCUUGGGCACAGGACUGUCAAGGUCUGGGCUACAGUCGGGCCGCGAGGGGCUGCCCUGCCAGCGGGGGCUCCGGCACCGGGCAGCAGGCCAGUAGGCCAGCAGGGAGCCCCGCCCAGCAGAAAAUCAGAAGCACAGGAGGGCCCCGCCGCUUGGCCAGGAGGCCGAGGACGCGAGAGAAGGGUGGUGGGCCGCUGGGAGACCCCCCUGAGGGGCUUGGAUGCAUCGGGGCCCCCACAGCGGUGACUUGGGCCUUUUCCCGUUUUGCACUGAGCUUCCCCAGCCGCGGCGUUCCUGGGCACCGGGCAGAGAACAGUGCUUUCUGAGGCCUGUCCGAUGCCCUUUUAACACCCCAUCUGAAGCACAAGCCAGCCGCUGGGCUGCUGGCGCUGUCUUUGGGACCAGAGUUCUCUCAUCGAGGGAGGGGCUCUGGGCGGCGGGCACCCCGGUGCCGCAGUGGCGCCCUCGUGACGGACAGGUUUUUGCACGGUCAGUGCAGCACCUUCUAUUAAACGGAUGCUUUCUGCAAGUGUGAGGACGGUUGCGAGGUGUCCCCUCGGCAGCCUCCUGCACCA